AUGAUGGCUAUGGUGUUUACAGUGGAGGAAAUUAACCGUAACUCAAGCCUGUUACCAGGUGUUAAACUGGGCUACCGAAUUAUGGACAGCUGUAACCAUAUCCACAACAGCCUGCAAGGUCUUUUUAGUUUACUCAGUUACCCUAAAGCUGUCAUGAGUGAGGCAGAAAAAUCUGAAACUGAAAACAGUGGUAUUGAAAUGAAGUCUUCCACAUGUCUGUAUUAUUCUCCUGUGUCUGCUGUGAUUGGUCUCGCAUCCUCUUCCCCUACAAGAGCUGUAGCUCAGACACUUGGCCCAUUCAAGAUACCACUGGUUAGUUAUUUUGCCACUUGUACGUGUCUCACUGACAAGCAUUUGUACCCAUCAUUCUUGAGAACUGUGCCAAGUGAUGUCUUUCAAGUUAGAGGUAUUGUACAGCUUGUCACUUACUUUGGCUGGUUCUGGGUGGGCACAGUAGGGACUACGGAUGACUACAGUCUUUAUGGGAUCCAAGCAUUUUCUACUCAGUUUGCAGAACAAGGUGGGUGUGUAGCAUUUCAUCGCACUAUCCCAACAUCACCCACAGUAGCUGAGAUACAAGAAAUGGCAGACAAACUGCAGAGUUCAACUGCUCGUGUUGUUGUGGUCUUUGCCACGGAAGUGGAACUGCUAGAUUUGUUCCUAGAAGGAACACUGGGUUUUUCAUUCCCUGGAGUCACCAUCCCUGGCUUUAAAGAGUUUCUUUUGAAUGUCCGACCCUCUCCCAAACCAGGGAUAGAAUUUGUUAAUAUUUUCUGGGAGGAACAUUUUCGGUGUAAACUUGAAUUUGAAAGAGACAGAGCCAAAGAAUAUGAAGCAAAUGCUACUGUAUGCACCGGUUCAGAGGAUCUGAGAUCUGACAGCAGUUACAGUGAUGUGUCUCAGGUCCGAAUAUCCUAUAAUGUAUAUAAAGCUGUGUAUGCCAUUGCCCACGCUCUGCACACUUUUUUGAACUGUGAUUCUGCAGGACUUAAUGAGGGAUUGUGUGGGAAGCACAACUCAUUUGCGAAUGGUCAGUUUCUUCAGCAUCUAAAAAUGGUGAAUUUCACCAACCAGUUUAAUGAAAAAGUAUAUUUUGACUCCAAUGGAGAGCCAGUCCCUCUUUAUGACAUAAUUAACUGGCAGAAGGACAACAAAGAUGAAAUGAGAUUCAUCAAAGUUGGAAGCUAUGAUGGUUCAGCUCCACAGGGACAACAGCUGCAGAUGAUGAAGAGCACUAUUGUGUGGACAAAAGGAGACUCGCAGGUUCCCGUAUCUCAGUGUAGUGCUCCAUGUCCCCCUGGCAACAGGCAGGCCACACGCCGAGGAGAGCCCAAAUGCUGCUUUGACUGUUUGCCCUGUGCAGAUGGAGAGAUCAGCAACCAGACUGGUUCCACCGAGUGCACAAAAUGUCCUGAGUACUACUGGUCAGACAAAGAAAGGGUGAAAUGUAUUGCAGGAUCGGAAGAAUUCCUCUCUUUCUAUGACACCAUGGGUAUCAUCCUUGUUGUUCUCACCUUGCUGGGCUUCAUCCUGACAACCAUCAUCACCAUCGUCUUUCACAGUUUCCGCUAUACACCCAUCGUGAAGGCCAACAACUCCGAAAUCAGUUUCUUGCUUCUCCUGUCACUCAAGCUCUGUUUCCUGUGUUCUCUGGUGUUCAUUGGUGAGCCAUCUUGGUGGACAUGUAGGCUCCGCCAGGCAGCAUUUGGGAUCAGCUUUGUCCUGUGUCUGUCCUGCCUACUUGUUAAGACCAUUGUGGUCCUCCUGGCUUUCCGAACAAACGUACCUGGUUCCAGGGGUCUGAAGCUGUUCGGUUCAUCUCAGCAGAGGAUUCUGAUCAUCUGUACUACAGCUCCCCAGAUUUUUCUUUGUACUGGCUGGGUGUUGGGAGCACCUCCCUUUCCAUUCAGGAACCCAAAUUACCUUGCUUCAAUUGGAAAAAUUGUUGUGGAGUGUAAAGAGCCGUGGCCUCCUGGAUUUUACCUGCUCCUUGGUUACAUUGGCCUGCUGGCCUUUGUCUCCCUCCUCCUGGCAUUCCUUGGACGAAAGCUACCGGAUACAUUCAACGAAGCGAAGUUCAUCACCUUCAGCAUGCUGAUUUUCUGGGCUGUGUGGAUUUCUUUCAUCCCAGCUUAUGUCAGCUCUCCUGGGAAAUUCUCUGUGGCAGUGGAAAUAUUUGCUAUAUUAGCCUCCAGUUUUGGAGUGUUACUGUGUAUUUUUCUGCCCAAAUGUUACAUCAUUUUACUGCACCCUGAGAGGAAUGUUAAGAAAGGCAUGACUGGAAAAUAUCACAGAUAA